GAAGACGGCCGUACGUGGUUUUGCCACUCGACAUUCUUCCACGAGUUACGCUAGUUAAUGGCGCGACGCCUCUUCUCGAUAUCGUAGUCAAUGGAUCGUUCGCUAUUGCUUAUCGACUUUGUCAACCUUCACACUCUUCGUAUACUUCUAUCUUCAUUUUUCUAUAUUUUUCGCUGUCACGUAUGUUUAGACGUUUUUGAUAAGUUUUGUCGAAUCUCUUUAAUUGAAUUAUUUAUCGAAGAUUCCUUUCACGCGAAGCUUUUAUUCGUGGCCAUAUGAAAGAUUGGUGUUGUCACACAGUGAUACGAAACAGUGAACGUAAACGUUAAAAGACAGAUAAGACAAAGAGCGACGCGCGACGACUGUCCCCGUCUAAAAGACGUAGCGUCGUUCCGUCGAAAACGUAGAAUAAUCAACGUGGAGUGAUUAAAUCGAGAGACUGCUAAGUACAUUAAAUUGACGUAGUAACGCGAAGCAUCGGUCUCCGAGGUGUGAUUACACUCACGGUGGACAAUUUGCGAUAUUAGACUGCGUUAGUUGAAUACAUUGGAUUAGUUGUACUCCGUGGAUCGAUGGAAGAUGUAUCGUCACGCGAUACGGUUCAAGUGCAUCGUCGAGGAAAACAAACAGGGAAAUCAUAUCUGCUACCAAUAAGAGAAAAGUUCUAAUCUUUCAAUUUCUCCUAGCCUAUAUAGUGUAAGGUAACAUUCAUAGCGUAAUAGACUGACAGUGUGAAAGUAGACACGCACCGAGGUCGUAAUGUGGUCGUUGGUUGAUUAAUUACUAAUCGCGUUCUAAAUUGAGUUCGUACGAGCUAUCGUUGAUUAAAGAAGCUUGUUUCAAUACCGUUCCUACCCUCGUAUCGCGGUAACGAAUGUGUUUUUCACGUGUGGACUGCUCAUUAACCAGUUCACGAAGUCUGCAACUCAGAGACAACACAGGCGAAACACUGAUCAACUGGUCACCUCUGCGGUACAACUAGAUUGAUUGCACCGAAACUCUGGUUCCAGGCCAUUUCAGCUGACCAUCGAACGUCUGGCGAUUAAAAGUGCUCACGUGUGAAACCGCGUGGUUUGUCACGAGACGGCGAUCGAACGCGAGGAAACAAAGGACAGGCGGUCGUUUACUGGCGCAGCGACUCGUGAAAAAGAUUUCUCUUUGUCCUAUGAGUCAGGCGAAUCGUAGAAUCUGAAGAGGCGUCUCGAUGUUGCUCUCGAACCUGAGCUGGAUGAAAGAGUAUGUUCAUCGAUCGACUCGGAGACCUUCGAUAAAAUCUUCUUCCACGAGACGUCCUUACCUCUCUCUUGGCCUUAUCGCUUGAAACGCAGCUCUAGAGAUAGUCCAGGUCGACCUGUCGUCGGCUCGCGAGUACACGACGCGCAAUAAAAUCGCUGCAUGCAAAUCCAUGCCGCUGCUAGUCUUCGUGGGAUCGUUUCGUGAAUAUUCAACAGGACUCGGUGAAACGGGCCAUUGAUUGAACAAAGAACUUCCGUGUGGAAAGUGACGAACGGUAUCGCGACGAUGAGGAACGACUUAACGGGGAACCUUUCGGCCCGGCCUUAUUAUUUCGCAUGACGCCGCAUACAGUUCGGUCGCGUCAUCAUGAACCUUGUUUUCGCCAGCCUGUUCCAGUACCGGUGAAUACCGGUGAAUUGUUUCUGGAUACUCGUUGAUCUACUGUCGCUACCGUGGAACAUCGCCGGUGCUUGAUGAGAUGAGCUUGUUGCGAUUCGGGCCUUUUAAAGAUGCGAAAAAGCAAAAUGGGGCGGCAUUACGGACGAACAGUUUGGGCUCGGGGGCAAGAACACCACCCCUUGAGAGGAAAAGCAAAUUUUCAGCCCUCGGUAGACUCUUUAAACCGUGGAAGUGGAAACGGAAAAAGAAAUCGGAUAAAUUCGAAGCUGCCUCAUUGUCGCUCGAGAGGAAAAUCUCUGUACGAGCUAGCAGAGACGAGUUGGUACAGAAAGGAAUCCUGUUGCCCGUCAUAAGGUCCACGUCGUUUCCGGAAAAUGAAACGGCCGGCGACUCUCCCGACGGUCAGAAGCCGCCAACGCCGCAACAGACUCCCCAGCAGCAGCAACAGCAGCAACAACAGCCGCAACAGCAGCAACCAGCCGCUGGGGGUAUUGGUACCGGUGGCGUCGGUGGUGGUGGCACCCCUGCAGCAACACCCACGUCAGCCGGUACCGUGCAGCAAUCCCAACAAUCCCAGCAAGUAGCAUCGGCCACGCCGACCCCUACGACUGCCAAUCCGCAUUCUACAGGACCGCCCAGCAAUCAACCCUCGCCGCAUCCCUCGCCCCUUUAUCCAGGGAUACCACAGCCAGGUCAGCCCAACGGCAGCACGCAAGAGCCGAAGAAGGAAAAGACUGAACAGAGUGCAAAUGGCGCGGUAUCGCCGAGCGGUGAGCCGCAAGCGAAUCAGGGCACGGCUACGACCGUGCCGAUCUCGGUGGCACCCCCGAAUUCGGGGAACCAGCAAAAGCCGAGUAGGCCGAACACCCUGGAAGCCAGGGUGGUAGCCAGGAGACUGAUCUUGUUCGACACUGAGUUGGAGAAGGGGGUCCUAGACCAAAGCAGCGAAAACCAGCAGGUAAUCGAGAGGUGUUAUCCUCUCCCACCUCAGAAUACGUUGAUGUUGUCGGAACUUCCGGAACCGCCGAUUCCUCUGAGCGAAAUUGGACCGAUUCCGCCUCCUCCGAUGUUCAGCUCUUCGAGUCCUACCCUCUUGUUGGCUAAGCAACGGCAAAUACGGAAUCCUUUGUCGUCCGACUACGAAGAAGAAGAGGACGAAGAAGACUUCGACGUGGAGGAAGAGGACAACAUGUACGUGCCGAGGAUGUCGCAGCCGGACCCGGCCAUCGACACGUCCAGGGUCGAGGAGAUCCCCGCGAAGGAGCCUAAGUUUCACGCGGUGCCGCUGAAGAGUGUGCUGAAGAAGAGGGGUUCCGGAAGUGGGCCUGGCACGCCGCAGAACACGCCAACGCAGGAGAACAGGCCGUUGACCCUUCGUCAGGAGCUGCAUGCCUCCUUCAAAAGGCCACCGUUGAGGCCUAGGAUGAGAAUAUGCAGUCGACCGGUCAGAUUUGGCCUCGCUUUGCCGUGCACUUUGGAGAACAAGGAGAACGCGCGGCCGUACGUGAUAAGGGAGGACGCUGACGGCGAUUCCGGAGACGGACAGGUACUCUACAGGGAUGAGUACGACGAUGAGAAAAGCCGGUUGGCAGCAAAGAUUGCGCGCAAGGAGUCGCUGUCGCUGAAGCUCGCCCUCAGGCCAGAUAGGCAGGAGCUCAUCAACAGGAACAUCCUUCAACUACAGACGGACAAUGAGAGGCAGGAAACGAAGGAGGCAAUUGGUGCCAAGCUUAUCAGGCGGCUGAGUAUGCGGCCGACACAGGAGGAACUGGAGGAACGAAACAUUUUGAAAAAGCAAAGUCCUGCAGAGGAGAAGAAACAAAAAGAAGAAAAAAAGCGGUAUCUACUACGAAAGCUCAGCUUUCGACCGACCGUCGAGGAGCUCAAGGAAAAGAAGAUUAUCAGGUUCAACGACUACAUCGAAGUCACGCAGGCUCAUGAUUAUGAUAGAAGGGCUGAUAAACCCUGGACGCGAUUGACUCCUAAGGACAAAGCAGCCAUUAGAAAGGAGUUGAACGAGUUUAAGAGUUCGGAGAUGGCCGUUCAUGAAGACAGCCGACACCUCACCAGGUUCCAUAGGCCAUGACAAUUGCAAUGUGUUGAGGUGCUACAGUGUGGUGCGGGUAUAGGUGAAGGUGCAGUGUGGUGGCCUCGCGUCGAGGCUGGAUAACAAAAAUAAAAUCUCUCUCGGUUGAUCGUGGCUACCGGGGGUAUUUCACGACAAGAGGAGUUUUUGCUAAUACUCCGUUUGUACUCGGGGCAACGGUGACGGUGGUUUCUUUUUAUGACGUUGCUGCGUCGUGUUUUCAUUCGUCGUCAUCGUCCUCGUCGUCAUCGUGUCAUGCAUUGCGUCUCUCCCAUCGGUAGAUCGUCUUAUCCAUCACCCACGCAUCGGGGUCAUCCGCCAUUCGCGCUGACGACGAACGUCUCCACGACGUCGACGAAGAUUGUGAUAUAGGGUGGCCCGUCCUAUGGAGUAAUCGAGAAAAGAGAAAAAGUAACAAAGCGAUCGCGUCGGGUCACUCGCUGAUUUCUCUUUGUUAGAAAAAGAAGACUCGUUCACGCCUGAGCUCACCUGACGCGUCUAUUAAAACUACUCCGUUCUUUGGAUAAAAUUGUCGGAAUGUCCAGUGUGACGAUCUUUUUGAGCACUUUUGCAUUCUUUCGAUGCCAAACUAAGAAGACGAAUAGAGAAAAAUAAAAAAGAGGGAGAGGAGAUCGAUAGAAGACUAAGAUUGCAGCGUUAGAAAUUUGCAACUUAGAAAAUCGAAAACGUCGUUCUAUAAUGAUAUGAGACUCUUUUUGUACGAAUGUUCGUGGAGUUCGAACUAUUUAAAAAUGAAAGAGCAGGUGACUGCUUGUUUCAUUUAAAGUUGAUGCUCCACGUCGACUACGAAACUUUGCCAUCUCUCAGAAUUUCUUACUGCUAGGCAUUGACUUGACUUUUAUGGGGAAUACGAGAUGUAAUUGAGAAGAGAGACUUAUAUAUCCUUAAAGUACAUUUUCAGAUAAACUCUAAGAUAAUAUGCAAAUUAAACGUAUACAUUGGAAGUAGCUAGAUGAAGAUAGAAAGAUAGCAUGAUCGAUAAAGGUGGCUCUUUGAACAGUCCCUCUUCAUGAUAGAAGAAAUUCGUUUAAUAGAGGGAAGGGAAAAAGAGCACGUGAGCUCGCAGGUGAACGGGUCUUUCCGUAGAUUUUAGUAGAACAUCAUAACUUCUCCUUUUGCCAUCAGGCUAGCUCGUCAGUGUCACCUGGCAACAAAACGCGUAUACGUAAAGAAAAAAGCGACUCCUAAAGAACAAAGUUUUAAUCCUUUAGCAUUCGUGUGAUAACAAUAUCUUGCGGAUAGUUCGCGAAAUACUCAAACUCGACGUGAGAUGAAUGUGUAUCACGAUAGAUGAUUAAAAAACAAAUGAGAGAAAAAUGGAGAAGAACGUCGAUGAGAAAGAUUGAUUUAGCUUUCGAUUUAGUUGUUUAAAGAUGGGUUAGUUUGAAAUAUUUUUAUACGUUGACGUUCAAUAAAAAAAAAAACCGACAGGGAAUUGUUAUCAUCGACUCGGCACGAAAGAAACGAUUUUUUCAAUCGAACGAAAUAAAAACCUCGUUUUUUUUUUAAUCGACGAAACGAUCGAACAAAGAGCAAGAGAAAAAUGAAAAAAAAAAACAAAUACAAUGAAGAAAAACGCAUAGCUUCGUGGUAUAUAUGGUGACUAUUAUGUGAUUUAUCGAUAGAAUUCCACGGAUCGUGAUUUUUAUCGACUUUUAAUAACCGAUGACUUUGUUGUUUGUAUCGCGCUAACGUUGCGUAGAAUUUAUUAUAAUUAAGCAUUGUUCCAUUUUUGCGCGCGGACAGAGACGUGUCUUUUGAAUCGACUCGUGUGCGAAUAUCUAAGACAAUCUUGUUCGAAUUGACAAGAAAAAGAAAAAAAAAAGAACUAUUUUUCCUUUUUACUGCCAGGUAUCACUAUUUCUCUAUUUGCGGAGCUGCCUUGAGGAGCAAACGCUUUAUUGACUUACUAUACACAGAGGAAACACACAGAGACGAAAUGGAAAAUAAUGGAACGUGCGAGAAGUGGAUGCGGCGAAACAAAAGAAAAAAAUAUAUAUAUAUAUAUAUAGUUGUAAAAUUCCGUUUUGGCGACGAACUCGAUGAGAAAAUGGAAAAGGAGAGAAAGGGGAGAAAGAAAGAAAAAAUGCAUUGUGCAAUUACACACACUUUGUACAGAAAUAAUAUACAUAGUGCGUAUUUUAGUGGUUAUUAUUAUUGUUAUUGUCAUCGCUAGCGACACUGCGAUCCUCGUUGAUUUUCGAUCACGCGUUUCGAUCGUGAAAGCAUCGGUCUUGAAACAACAUAAGAAACAUAAAUUUUGUCUACGCUAUAUUAUAUCGGUUACGCCAUCGAUCGUUCUAUUAAAAUUGAUCGUAGAGUAGACAGAAUUGGUCGUUUGAUCGGCACGUAGACAUAUUGUAAUCAAUUGGAUAGAUGAUUGAUCAAAGAAACAUAAAGAAUACGUUUCGUGGGAGUUUUCUUAAAAAGAAAAGGAAAGAUAUGAAAGAAUCGAAACGUGUUUCGAUGUCUUGCACGCUUAAAUCCCCACACCCCCUUGAAGCUUCCUGUCCUUGCAAGCAUGUGAUCGUCAUUCGUUUUAACGCUCGUGUAAGCUUGCGUCGAGACCAAAUCGAUAAAAAGGGAACUCGUCGCUGACGCCUUCUGCUUUCGAUGAACGUCGUAAAAUUAGAAAAAAAAAAAAAAAAAGAAUGAAAUCGAACAGAAAUGACAACAAGAAGAAACAAUAUUGUAAAAGAAGAACAAUUAAUAAUCUGUUCUGUCGAUGAGUUUUUCACGUGGAGAAAUUAAAUAAGAAUUUUCUUAAUAAUUUCUCGACGUUCUCAACUUUAAUUGUACGAAUCUUCCUCGAUAUCAGAACUCGAUCACGCGAGUUUCUCCCUGCGUGAUGUAAGUCGCGACGAUGUGUCGAUUUUCCUUCUAAAUAGUAAUCUAGUUUUAACGAUCGUCCAAUGGGGUGAGAGGAUCGGAUAAUCGAUCUCUCUCGUAAACCCGUCGGUGAACUCAGUUGUUCGAUAUUAUAAGCAAACAAGCAAAGAAUAAAAAAAAAAAGAAAUAAAAAAUUUCGUCAACUUCGCGGUCGUCGAAGAUGUCGGGCCGAAAAAAGAUGAUGAUGAUGAUGAUGAUAAUGAUGAUGAUGAUGUCGAUGAUGAUGAUGAUGAUGAUGAUGAUGAGAAAAAAGAAUGGGAAGAGUACGAAGACCUUCUAGUGAACCACGGAGACGCAGGUGAUUACGGAACAAUGUAAAAUAGGGAGAUGAAGCGUCUCUCUCGUUCCAUUGGUCGAGCGCUGUGGCUACCGUGUAGUCGAACAAAUGUAUCCAUUAAUUUCCGGGUUGUCUGGUGUGUAGUAUGAAUGUACUAUGUGGAUGAAUGUUUAAUUAAAUCGAGAGAAAGAGAGGAAAGAAGAUAGAGUAAACGGAAGAACAAGGAUCGACCGAAAUCGAAAGUUUUAGGGGUGCGAAAGAACGAGAGUGAAAAUGGUAAAACUCGACGAGGAUAUCUUUAAAUUUUCUCCUCGAGAUUUUCCCAUUUCUCUUUGUUCACACAUUUCACAAUUUCUUAUCCUUUCCCUUUUUCGUUAUAUUUUCCUUUCUUUCCCCGAAUAAGUUUCACCGUUUUCGUCGUGUGAGAGCCACUCUCGAGGACGGAUGAUCUAGAAGCGACGUGUACAGGACACGACAUGCGAAACAUAACGAUUAAUUAAACGACGAACGAUUGUAAAUAAUAAGUUGAGACGAUUUUUAGGCGUAACGAAAGGGGAGAAGAACAAAUAAAAGAUAACACAUUGUAAAACACACCGCAAUAGUGAUCCACGCUACACGCUAAACGAUAUUACGCAUGGCAAAACGAAUGAAUACUUAUAAAUAUUUGAUAUUAGGUAAUGAAGAACAACAAAAGAAAACUGGUGCCCUAAACGCGGGCGAUACAUAAGUACUCUAUACAUAUAUAAAUAUUAUACAUAUAUAUAUAUAUAUAUAGAUAUAUAUAUUAUAUAUAUUAUUAUAUCGAGGCGUACAAGCAGUAUGUGCGUUUUCCAGCACAGAUAGUUGGUAUUUUGUGUACAAAAAAAGGAAACAAGAAGAAGAAAGAAAAAAAAUUGCGUAAAAAGCGAACCAGGGAGAACAAUUGUUGGAUAUUUUCGCCGCGCUCUGUCCAGUCUGCGUGAUUAUUAUUAUUAUUAAUAUUAUUAUAUUAUUAUUGUAUUUUAAUUAUUAUAAUUUUAACUUUAUUAUUAUUGUAUUAUUAUUAUUAUUAUCAUGAUUUAUGUAGGAGAUGCGCGAUAAAAUUAUUUAUCAGCGCCGACAAACGUCACUGUCGAGUCGAUCGUUCGUGACGAUCGAACCAGUACGUUUCCGACCACAUUUUUGAGCAAACCGAAAAUGCAAAAAUUUUCCUCCCGUAAAAAAAUACACACUCCCCCCCCUCUCUCUCUCUCUCUCUCUCUCUCUCUCUCUCUCUCUCUCUCUCUUUCAUCUUAUCGGACGUCUCUGCCACGAUCGAUUGGCCGAUCCCAUCGAAAUUCGCCAUCGACUUUUGCUCUCCAUCUCCUUCGCCCCGUGCAAUUUCGAUUUGCUCUUGAUCCUCGUACAUCUUAUCGUGUGUACAAGCUCGAUUUACUCACGUUCCGCGAAAUCCCCAUUAUCGGAACAUAAUAACGCCUCUGUAAAUUAAGUAUCAUUUGUUCUAAAGCAUCUGACGUUAUUUAAUAUUUCAUUGAAUUUUUCGAAAAUUUGAGACAAAUUUUUAUCUCUGUCACAUUUUUUAAUUAGAAGGUCGAUAGUUUGGCAUUUUUGAAUGAACAAAUUAUAAAAUGUAUUGAAAAAAUUCGGAGAUGUUCUGGGUUAAAAGAUUAUGACAUUAUGGUAUUGGUGCAGUGAUUUCAACGCGUGGCAAUGACACCACCGCUCAACGUUCUACCACGCGAUUUGAACAUUCGCAUUUCUAACAUUCUAUUUCAAAUUCAGAUUUCUAAUCACCGAAACUUUACAAAUCGUCCGAAAUAAUUCUACAACUACAUCGUAAGAAUCAAAUAAUGUGACGCCAACAGCUAUUUAAAUAUCCGAAAUUUCUCAUAAUUCUAUUAAUUACGCUUCGAUAAUAAUCGAACAAUAAUUGUAACAACAAUUAGGAUGGAUAUUUGUGAAAUUCAAAAUAAAUGUAUCGAGACAAAUGAAUGAUCCUAAUAAAUGAUCGUUUCAAGAAGCCAACUAAAGGAAUAAAAUUCGCGGACCGUGUAAAAAAUCGAGCACACGCUCUAGCUACAUAACAAAACAAAGAACAAAUAAAGAAGCAUGAGGGGAAAAAAGUCAGGCUGUAAAAAGAAAUUGUCGCGAUCGGUGGCCGUGCCAAACACGGCCGAUUCUACUUGUAUCAUAAUCUCUUACGAUAGCGCUAUUAUUAAACAAUAACGAAACAGUAACAACAAUAAGGUAACUCGUAAUUUAAGGGAGUGUGAAGAGGGAUGAACGAGUGGUUGAAUGCGAGCGAAAGAGCGUCUGUGUGAAUAAAUCUCGUGCGACGAGUACGCGAUUUAGUGAUCGCUGUAUCACUAAGAGAAGCACCUCGUAGCUACGAACGGGCUUCACGGCUUUCAGUUGCUGGUCUCGCGAUUUUGUUUACUUCUGCUCAACCCUAUGUAUCUGUCCAACCUUUGUUUCCAACGAAACUAUCGAUCUUCUAAAAAUGUCUUAAGAAGAUAGAGGGAAAAACCAAUGAUUUCUUUCCUCCAUGCAAUAAAACAGCCAAAACGAGGAAGGUAUAUCGCCAAGAAAUUAAAAAAAAAAAAGACACGAGACCAGUGCCUGCGGCCAGCCCAAAGGAUUUUUACCAAAACGACUCCGCGAGCAGCGGAGUGGAAGCAGUUAUAUAAAAUUAGACGUAAUUAUUGAAUUUCGUUCAAUUUUGUAAACUAAGUCGAAGCGUGUCUAGCCGACGAUUGAGCCGUGCUUCCUCAAGGGCCGGUUGUCGUCGACAAAUAAGACGGCGACAACGUGUUUCGUCAGCUUCGCGUGUGGUUUGAAUUUUGUAAAACGCGGACGCGUCCCGCGAACGAUCGCUGGCACAUUGAAACAACGAUCUCAUUGUCAGUAAAAAUUAAACCCUAUCCCAAUUUUUCAAUGUUUUAUAUUAACUAUAUUCUAAUUUCUCUCUCUCCCUCUCUCUCUCAAGAGUCAUUUAUAUUAUCCUUUGAUUUCCACCGUACUCACUGUUCAUAGAAUUAAAUUCGAACGGCGACUCUAAUUCUGUUUAUUAAACAAUUAGUCUGCCAGUCCUCUCGUAGGUCUCUUUUUAAAUAUUCUUUGAUUUUAACGUGUUUGUUAUUGAUAAAAUUAUUGUAUAUUUACUGUUAGAAAAACUGGUUUCAUUGCAUGAGCUGGGCUAAUAAUGAAACGUGGUACAUUUUGUUUCUUCGUGUUUUUUGAAAUUUUAUAUCGUAGAAUUCUGUGAAAGUUUUUAAUAAUUUUUUUUUUUUUAUGAAUGAUAUAAGAUUAAGGAUGGUAAUGAUAUAGGAAAUUGUUGCGAUCCUUCGCGUUUCGAUCAAUUUUAUUACUUUUAGGAGAUUUCUGUUAAAAAUUGAUCGCUUUUUAAUAAUGUUGAUAUAAUUCUAUUUCCUUUUAUUCCACUUUUUAUUGAUGUUUGAAUUCAGACCAGAGACAGAAAAAAACAUUCGACCAGUGAUCGCUUGCUGGCGCGUCGUUCGGGACGUAAUUUGAAGGAAUGCGUUGUAUUAUAUAUCGAGAAACCCUCUAAGUGUAAGAAUAAUAAUGUAUAUAUAAUUAUUAUUACCAUAAAACUUCGAUUGAUUGCACUCCCAGGGGGAAAGAAGGAGUUGUCUCCCCUCGUCUAAGAAGAAGGAGCAAAAAACGAAAAGUAACAAAAAUUGAAACGUGUGAAGAUGAACGAAGACGAAGCAACAAAUCUCAAAAUGGUACAUUCGUGGAUACACAAUGGAUACAAAUGGGGAAAAAAACGACAUGAAACGGCAACAAAGAAGAAAAAAAAUGAAAAGAAGAAAAGAGAAGUAUUCUCGCAUUGAUUUCAGAUAUGAAGAAAUGUAUAAGAUAAAAAAAAAAAAAGACGCUGCGUUUUUCGAUCCAGAUCCGUUCUGUUUUUUUGUUGUUAGUUUGUACGCACUACGAUUUAUCGCAAUUUAUUGUAUUAUCGAUGAAAUACUGUAACAAAAAUACUGUUAACUAUUCUUAAAAAAAUUAAAACUUUUGUAAACUGAGA